AUGUCUGAGGGGUGCCAAUCUCUGCCGCUGCCUGAGAUCCAGGCCAUUGUUUGUGACUUGUGUACAGAAGACAGGAAGCCAGCACUGAAGACCUGCAUCAAAUGUGAGAUGUCAAUGUGUGCCCAGCACUUGGAGCCGCUCCUGACAGUGCCAUUGCUGCUGCAGACACAUACCCUGACUGAACCCAUAGCACGGGGGGCUGGGGGAGUUGGGUUGGCCACGAAAUGCCCCCACCACGGCAAGACUCUGGAGUACUACUGCUUGGAUGACCUAACCAGUGCGUGUCUGUCCUGCGCCAUCGAGGACCAGCAUCACGUCCACAACAUGAAGACCCUGCCUAAGGCACACAAAGAGCUGAGGGAGAAGUUGAAGAAGGAGCAGAAGGCUUUGGCCCAGAGAGAGAACCAGAGCCUGGAGCUAGUCAGGUGGGAUAAGGAGCAGAGGAAGAGGUUGGCUAGUUCCAGUGUCCGGCUCAGUUAGGGAGUGUCCGCCCUGCGCGACAUCACACUGAACAGCGUCCAGAGAUCCGUCUCAGCUCGCGUAAAGUCCAUCAAGACCUCCAAGAGAACCAUGCAGGCUGCCCUGUCCGAGGGAGACUCCUUCCACUUCCUCCAGGGUUAUGAAGGGGUGCACCAGGCUGUGGAGAAGGCCUGUGCUGUGGAUCUGAGGAAGGGGCUGGAACCCGGGGCCGACCGGGACAAGCUGGUCCAGGAGCUACAACAGAGCGGAGGAAAGCUUGUGGAGCAGACAACACAGCUGUGGAGUUCUCUUCUGGCUCUGGUCGACCCCGAGAACCACCAGGAAAAACAGGGUUCCCCAGGGUUACCUCCCACCACCACGUUGACCUUUAACCCCACAAGCUUGGGAAGGGGCAUGUCUCUAUCCCAGGACCACAGGAAAGUGUUCCACACCCCGCUUGCCAAACUCACCACUCAUACUCUUCUGUGCCAGUAUAGCGGCUCUGAUGCCAACCCUAGAUGGGUGGUCAAAUUCUCUGAGGACUGUGAUUAG